AUGGUGACACAUUCAAGAGUGGCCAUUGUGGGUGCGGGUGCGGUAGGCGCCUCCCUCGCUUAUGGUUUGAUGUUUAAAAACAUCUGCACAGAAAUCCUAUUUGUAGACGUCCAUCCUGAUAUUGUCAAUGCGCAAGUACUUGAUUUAGCCGAUGCAGCGAGUGUCAGUCAUACACGUAUCCGUGCUGCUGUGACAGCGCAAGAAGCAGGGCAAUGCGACAUCAUUGUCAUGACGGCUGGAGCCAAGCAACGACCUGGCGAGCCUCGCACCAAGCUGAUUGAACGCAACUACCGUGUACUCAAGAACGUCAUCCAAAGCAUGCAACCUAUUCGUGCCGACGCUGUGUUGCUGAUGGUCUCCAAUCCAGUCGAUAUCCUUACGCACUUGGCGAGAAAGCUCUCUGGGUUGCCUCCUCGACAAGUGUUGGGGUCAGGCACUUAUCUCGACUCGACACGAUUGUGUGUGCAUUUGGGCGAAAUGUUUGAUGUGAAUCCUCAGUCGGUGCAUGCGUAUGUGCUGGGAGAGCAUGGCGAUUCACAGAUGAUUGCUUGGGAAGCCGCCACGAUUGGAGGGCAACGAUUAACGACGCUGCCAGAUUUCGACAAGAAGGUGGAUAAAGCCAAGGUCGGCCAGGCGAUUGCCGGCAAAGCCAUGGACAUUAUUCGUCUGAAGGGCGCCACUUUUUACGGUAUUGGUGCGUGCGCAGCUGAUUUAGUGCAUACGAUUGUUUUGAACAAAAAGGUCGUGCAUCCCGUGUCUGUCUAUGUAGAAAAGCUGGGCGUCACUCUUUCCAUGCCUGCAAAAAUCGGAUGGGAAGGUGUGCAAGAAGUCUAUGAUGUGCACUUGAGUAAAGAAGAAGAAGAGCAGUUACGUGCUUCAGCUGACGCGCUGCGAGAAAUUCAAGAUUUGUAUUAG